GCUCCUUUGCAUCUUCAACACACUCUCACUCAUCCGCAUUGUUUGUCCAUUGGAUUAACAAUAUCAAAGCGUGGAUCUCUAUCAGCUUCGAGGAACCCAGAUUUCCACACAAACUCAUCAACUUUGAGUCAACUUUCCACAAAGCGGUCCAAGAACAAAAGACCAUUUAUUCUUGAACCCACCUAAAGCUUCAACCCUUUUCAAACAAUAUGUUGUUCAAGAUUGUCAAUUUUCAGAACAUCGGAAGUUUAGCAUCCACCCACCACUUGUCAUAUGCAAAAAUGACAGGUCCUCCUAAACACAAGAUGCGCUCCAAGUCCGAUUCUUAUUCCUUUGUCCUUGAUAAAGCAAUGGAUAUCGAAAAAUCUUUGGGACACGAAGAAGUUAUUGAACAACACAUUAUUCAGCACUCAACAUCCUUCGAGAUUACUCAGCAUUCGACAUCCUUCGAGCGUCAAAAUGUCAUCAAUUGGUACAACAAGCUUCUCGCCAAAUGCUUCUUCGAAUUUCUCUCCGCUAUCGCUAUCCUUGCAUUGAUUCCUUUCGCUGUUAUCCUUGGCUUCAAUUACUACUCCGGUGGAGCUGAAAGCCAUGUCUCUGGGUACCGGUUCUCUUUGUACGAUUUCAAGGGUGUUGCUCAAUCGAACAACGUUUUGGUAUUCCAACCAGGAAAACAUAUCUGUGAUUCAGUUCCCGAUAGUGCUCGAUGCUACGAAACGUACGUCGAGUAUGAUCUCAGUGGAUUCGUCUUUUUGUUUGCUGUAAUAAUUCUGGUUCUCUCAGCCGCAUCUAACAUAGUCCAUAGGCGUUUAUGUGGAGAGAUCGAGAGAAUGCAAGGCAGAUUAAUUAGAUAUGAAGAUUUGUUGAACAAUGAGGGAAAGCUCUAUACUAAGGUUAUUUCGGAGAUUCUAUCAGGGAGUUCGAAGAAGCAAGUUCCAGACAAGGACAGUCAAGUCAUCAAUGUCAAAUUGGCUUGCAAGAAAGACUCUACUGAUGUUGAUUUAGAGAUGGACUACAAGAAGGAACAUAAUGAGAGGAGAAAACAACUGGAUGAUAUCAUUCAAAUGAAUCUCCCAGAGGCCUUGGAUCUGACACUAGACAACUAAUAAAGCUUUACUAUUUUUUGUAGCUUCUGUGUCAGGGAAAGUUCAACGUUCAAGAAUAAUUAGACCAGUUUGUUAGAUUGUCAGUCUGCUAGGUUUUCACCUUCUGGUGUUUACAUUUUGCAUUCAUAGCUAUCAUGACAUACAAAUCAAAGGCUCUUUUCA